AUGAAGGAGGCCGAAAUGGAAAGCCACGAAGUAUUCCAGAAGACGGCCGACGGUGUUGAUUUUCGCAACGUGAGCUGGCAGCGAGCGACAAUCAUUUUCCUCAAAAUCAUCUUUGCAACUGGUGUCCUUUCAAUUCCGACUGCCAUGUAUAGUCUGGGAGCAGUUGGUGGCGCACUUUCAGUGGUGGGAUGGCAACUGCUGAACACAUAUACGGCAGUAAUACAGGGCAACUUCAAGACGAGACACCCAGAGUGCCACUCUUUGGCCGAUAUGGGUUAUACUGUUGGAGGUGUAGUAUUGAAGGAAAUCAUUGGCUUUCUGUACUUAUGUGCUUACAUCCUUUGCACCGGAAGUGGUAUCGUUGGGCUUUCGGUUGCCUUCAACACUCUCUCAGACCAUGCAGCCUGCACCGUCUGGUGGUCGUUUAUCUCGUUUGUGAUAAUCACCGCAGCAGCCUCGGUUCGCACACUGCGCAAUAUUGGCUGGCUCACCUGGGUAGGGUUCUUCUCCAUCUUCAUUGCGGUUCUAGUGGUCGUGAUCGGAGUCACGACUCAUGACAGACCGGCCGCUGCACCACAGACAGGCGACUAUGAGCUUGGGUAUUAUGCCAUUGCGUACCCGACAUUUGUGGCGGGCAUGACGGCCACUGCGACAAUAUUCGUUUCGUCCGCCGGUACAUCUGCAUUCCUGCCUGUCAUCUCUGAAAUGAGGAACCCAAGGGACUACAAGAAAGCUCUUUACAUUUGUAUGGGGCUUGUUGGUAUUAUGUACCUUUCCUUCUCCCUUGUCGUCUAUCGAUGGUGUGGACAGUGGGUAGCCAAUCCAUCGCUUGGUAGCGCAGGCGGCACCCUCAAGAAGGUGGCUUAUGGUAUUGCAUUGGUUGGAUUGAUUGUAAGCGGAUGUUUAUACCAGCAUGUCGCAGCUAAGUACUUGUUCGUGCGCAUCCUGAGAGAUACCAAGCAUCUGCAAUCCAACACUGUCAUCCACUGGGUCACAUGGCUUGGAUGCUCCAUCUCGCUAGGGGUCAUUGCCUUCAUCCUCGCUGAGGCAGUGGCAAUCUUUAAUUAUUUGAUUGCAUUGACCGGAUCGAUUUGCUUUGCUCCAAUGGCUAUCAGCGUUCCAGGUAUCCUAUGGCUUUACGACUACUCGCAUUACAGGAGGGGUGGCGUGUGGGAGAAGUUUCAGUACUUCUUCCACUGUUUCCUGGUCCUACUUGGGUUAUUUGUGUGCAUUGGCGGAACAUACUCAGUCGUCCUCUCUAUUAAGGCGGCUUAUGCCUCUGGAGAGAUCGGCUCUGCCUUUAGUUGUGCUGAUAACUCUGGCACUGUUGGUUAA